CCUCCCUUCACUACUCUCUCUCUCUCUUUCUCUCUCCAGUCUCAACCAUGGCUUCUUCCACUUCCUCUAUCUCUCUCUCCCAAGCCCUCCUCCGCCCCACCACCACCUCUCUCCCCUCCUCCUCCUCCUCCUCCCUCCGCCUCACCCCCACUCUCCGCCCUACCCCACCCGCCCUCUCCCUCCGCCGCCGCCUCACCACCUCCAUCCGCGCCGCCGCCUCCGUCAAAACCGUCGAGAAGGCAACCGCGGACGCCGCGCUGGUCGAAAAAUCCGUCAACACGAUCCGCUUCCUCGCCAUCGACGCCGUCGAGAAGGCGAAUUCGGGUCACCCGGGGCUCCCCAUGGGAUGUGCUCCGAUGGGUCACGUGCUAUAUGAUGAAACCAUGAAGUAUAACCCUAAGAACCCUUUCUGGUUCAACCGCGAUCGCUUCGUUCUCUCCGCUGGGCACGGGUGCAUGCUUCAGUACGCGCUUCUGCACCUCGCUGGGUUCGAUAGCGUCAAGGAAGAGGAUUUGAGGGAAUUUCGCCAAUGGGGGAGCAGAACUCCGGGACACCCUGAGAAUUUUGAGACUCCGGGAAUUGAAGUUACAACAGGUCCUCUUGGUCAGGGGAUUGCCAAUGCUGUUGGUUUGGCCCUUGCAGAGAAGCACUUGGCUGCAAGAUACAACAAGCCUGACAAUGAGAUUGUUGACCAUUACACGUAUGCUAUUCUGGGUGAUGGUUGUCAAAUGGAGGGAAUUGCAAAUGAAGCAUGCUCACUUGCUGGCCACUGGGGACUGGGGAAGCUGAUAGCAUUUUAUGAUGACAAUCAUAUUUCUAUUGAUGGUAACACAGAGAUUGCGUUCACCGAGAGUGUUGAUAGUCGUUUUGAGGGACUUGGGUGGCAUGUUAUUUGGGUAAAGAAUGGAAAUAAUGGCUAUGAUGAUAUUCGUGCUGCCAUUAAGGAAGCAAAAGCCGUCAAAGACAAACCCACAUUAAUCAAGGUCACAACAACCAUUGGUUAUGGUUCUCCUAACAAGGCUAACUCCUACAGUGUGCAUGGAAGUGCACUGGGUGCCAAAGAAGUUGAUGCCACCAGGCAGAACCUUGGAUGGUCACAUGAGCCAUUCCACGUGCCUGAGGAUGUCAAAAAGCAUUGGAGUCGCCACACCCCUGAGGGUGCUGCACUUGAAGCUGAGUGGAAUGCUAAGUUUGCUGAGUAUGAAAAGAAAUACAAGGAGGAAGCUGCAGAAUUGAAAUCUAUUAUCAAUGGUGAAUUCCCUGCUGGUUGGGAGAAAGCACUUCCGACAUACACUCCAGAGAGCCCAGCGGAUGCCACCAGAAACCUGUCUCAAACAAACCUUAAUGCCCUUGCAAAGGUUCUUCCCGGUCUGCUUGGUGGCAGUGCAGAUCUUGCUUCUUCCAACAUGACCUUGCUCAAAAUGUUCGGGGACUUCCAAAAGGAUACUCCAGCAGAGCGUAAUGUUAGAUUCGGUGUUAGAGAACACGGAAUGGGAGCUAUCUGCAACGGCAUUGCUCUUCACAGCCCUGGACUGAUUCCAUAUUGUGCAACCUUCUUUGUAUUCACUGACUACAUGAGAGGUGCCAUAAGGCUUUCUGCGCUGUCUGAGGCUGGGGUUAUUUAUGUCAUGACCCAUGAUUCAAUAGGACUUGGAGAAGAUGGGCCAACCCACCAGCCUAUUGAGCACCUAGCAAGCUUCCGGGCAAUGCCAAACAUUUUGAUGCUUCGUCCCGCCGACGGUAACGAAACAGCCGGAGCAUACAAAGUGGCCGUGCUCAACAGGAAGAGACCCUCCAUUCUUGCCCUAUCCAGGCAAAAACUGCCCCAGCUUCCCGGAACUUCCAUUGAAGGAGUUGAAAAGGGUGGUUACACCAUUUCGGACAACUCCACUGGCAACAAGCCUGAUGUCAUUUUGAUCGGAACUGGUUCGGAAUUGGAAAUCGCUGCCAAAGCUGCUGAUGACCUAAGGAAGGAAGGGAAGGCUGUUAGAGUUGUUUCCCUUGUUUCUUGGGAACUUUUUGAUGAGCAAUCAGAAGCCUACAAGGAGAGUGUUUUCCCUGCUGCUGUUUCAGCCAGAGUUAGCAUUGAGGCAGGAUCAACAUUUGGGUGGGAGAAAAUUGUUGGAGCAAAGGGAAAAGCAAUAGGCAUUGAUCGUUUUGGAGCUAGUGCUCCAGCUGGAAGAAUAUACAAAGAAUUUGGUAUCACUAAGGAAGCUGUUGUUGCUGCAGCUAAAGAGCUUAUCUAGAACUUUUGAUUUUUUUUGCCUUCUGGUUUUGGUUGAGAGCAUUCCAUGUCAUGAAUAAGAAAAAGGUUAAAUAUCCUUCGAUUGGGAAUUUGGGAUUUUAAGUGAAGAAGCAACAUAGAUCAAAGAAUUUUGUGAACUUGUAAUAACUAUUUGACAAUUUAGUUUUGCACUGCCACAUGGUUAAAUUCAAUGUUUGAUCAUAUCAACCAUAGAUGCUAGUGUAUACUACUUGUAUAAUUUGUUUCACUUGCAGAUUCACUCUUAGCAUUUGAGUGUUUGGAUGGCCGUGUUUUGUUCAUUAAGAAAUGUUGACAUGGAUAGUUUGUUGCAUGGUAAA